UCGUUGAAUUGUUGUUUGAUGAUCGAGUGUUGAACAUCUUGUUUGUUAAGCUGUGCAGAAAAAAAUAAAUAAAUAAAUAUUAAUCAAUUACUAGUGUGAUAUAAUUUUGUUUUUGUGCAACAUCAUUGAAAGUGAGAGUACACGAGGCACGACACUUAUGGACAUUAUUUAAUUGUUUCGAAUAAUCAAAAUGAAAGUCUAUUGAAAUUGUAUAAAUAAAUGAAUUUUCUUCUGUGAUAUUAUUGAACUUAAUUAGCAUUUUUGAAGUGGUGCCAAAAUAAACACAACUUAUAAGUUGGAAGAGAAUUACAAUUUUUUCGUGCAACAAACUGUUUUGGUGUUGUGAUAUACGCUUCUAAAAUGAUGAAGUUGUACAUGUUACUCCUACUAGUGACCGCAAUAGAGGAAUCGCUGACUCAACAUGAUCACGGCUACGCUCCAGAAUAUGCACAUCCUUCAUAUUCGUUUUCAUAUGGUGUAAAAGAUCAGCACAGUGGUGAUGUCAAGAGUCAGUGGGAGACACGUGACAAUGGAGUCAUUAAGGGUCAUUAUUCUGUUGUCGAGCCUGACGGUUCAAUACGAGAGGUUGAUUAUACAGCAGACAGUAAAAAUGGAUUUAAUGCUGUCGUUAAAACUCACGGACCAAACUCUCAUCCGAUUGUUGAUGAGCAUGGACAUCAUAAAUACGUGAAAGAAUAUUCACAAUCAAAGAUUAAUCAUUACAGUAAGAAUCAGGACACAAUUAUUCUCAGUUCAGACGUUCCACAACACGAGUCUCCAAUAGCCGAGAUCAAUGAGAAAACCAGACAUUCACCCUCAAUUUUAGAGCUUAAACCAAAUGUGGAAUUGAAGCCUCAUACACAUGAGACGGUUUAUCAACCACAUAAAUUCAAUCCAAGUAUUGAAAUCAAUCAUGGAGCACCACAGAGUCUUAAACCAUAUUACAGCUCCGAUUCUCCAUCUCAUUCUCAUUCUAAUUCACACUCACAUCACUCAGAUUCAUUCAGACCGUCUCUGCCAACAAAUUAUAAGCCUGGAACUGUUGUAAACAUCAAAUAUCCUCCAGUUCCAUUAAAAACAGUCAAGCUUGUAUCAUCACAUGGACUUAAACAUUACGCAACAUAUCCAAAACUUAAAAUAUCCCGAAAUGAUUAUGAAAGUUAUAUGAGGAGACAGAGUCAGAACCAACAUCAACGUCAACAACAGAUUCAGAAUCAGAAUAUUAAUACAAGCAUUGAGAAGAAUAAUGACAACAAUAGUGACAGUUAUGAAGAAUAUGAGGAUUCAAGAGAAAGCUUCCGACCAAUCAGACGACCAAGCUUGUACAGAAGAAAUCCUCGAAAUUUGCAUCAAUAUGCACCAAGUGUUCAAAAAUACGCAUUUUAAAAAUACAUUUAAUUAAUAUUUAUUCAUAAAUGGAACCAAAGGAAUAGGCAAUAUUUUAUUUUGGAGGCUGCUGUGAAUUUGAUUGCAAUCUAAAAAGGAAUCAAAUCACCAGAAGCCGUGAUUCAGAUAGAAUACUGUCUUUACCUUGAGUUGAAAUUAUUGUGUGGAUAUAAAAUAUGGAAAAG